GGAAGAAGAAACUGGAACGCGAUGAAUGCUCGGAAUGAAAUGGAUCCUCGUGCGUGAAUGGCACGGAGCACUCUGGCUUGAAUUCGUGGAAAGCUCUGCCGGAUGAUAGUUUCUUCUCUGGUGGCGAGAAAGCAUGGAGGCGUCCAGUGUGGGUGACAGACGAAACAAACUGGAUCAGAUGGAAUCAUCUGCAUGUUUGCGCAAGCCCGAUGUCGCUGGUGCUGACGAUGCCUCUUCUCUUCGGUUUGCCACCUCGGCUGGUGUAUUCCAUUUCGACCCCGAAGCCUUCAUAGCAGAUGUGGUGAAUUCGGUUAACGACUUGAUCGUUGGCGGUUUCGAUAGUUUCGAAGAGUUUGCAGCGGAGUCCUUAAAUCUUCAACAUGAAGAAGCCCGAAGUGCACUUCAGAAUGGCGUUGACAAGAUCUACAAUAAAGUUAAAGAUAAUAUCGAUGAGCAUCUUUCACUGUGGGAGUCAAGUUGCCGACAGCACUACUUCAAUGUCACCAGCGACGCAGAGAUCUUAAACACCUCAGAUAACAAGGCUGAUGAUCAGGGACGUCCAAGAGAGUCAGCUGGUAUAGAGGAACUUCAAGAGCAAGACGAACUGUUAAACAAGGAGCUGUGCUCUCUUCGAUCGCAAUUGAUCAUGGCGGAGAGAGAUGCUUCAAGAAUGCGUAGAGAGUUGACUUCCUUGCGAAAGAUGACUAUCAAAAGGAAGAUGUUAUGUGACUUGAAAUCUGUAGCGCAUCUAGACAGCUCCCUUCUUGCAGAAGUUACCAAAUCCGCCAGCCUCCUACAAAUCAAGCUAGAGAAAGCCAGCAGUCUCGUCCAGGGUCCGAAACUCCAAACUGAUUCAAUAGAGAUUUUGCAGAUGCCACCGCAUGCUGAAAAUAUUGCAGUCGACCCAAAAAUCAUGCAAUUUUUAUCGUGAUAGUCGUAGAUUGCUUCUUCCAAUUACAUUCCAAGUGACAUAAGUUGGUUUGGAAAACAAAUUGUGUGCAAGUGUGCCCUUGGCACCUCCUUGAUAUGUACCAAUUUCUCUGUAUAGUCAAAUUAUUUCUUUAACAUACAUUCAU